AUGGCGCAGGUCUAUGGCCUAUGCAUGCAAUUUGAGGUGCGAGUUCCGCCUUACGUUGCACACAAUCCCUUCGAGAACGCUGACCUUCGCCUGCCAGUUGAGGAGGAGGAAACCAAUUGCAGCCAAGAACAUGACUCCGUGGAGGGAGACUCCGGCGUGCACAUGGACAGUCUUGCCGCUGUUGUAGCCCCUGCACGUAGAGACUGUGCUUGCCUGCAAUUGGGGACCAUGCCCAAUAUUCGAGGGAGGAGGGUGCACUUCUUCGACGACCAAGCGGAGGUUUGUACAGUGUAUAAAGCGCGUCAAGCGAUGUAUAGACAUGUCGCCGAGCGGCACAAAGCACAAGUAGGACAGCUGUACAGUGUACAGUACAAUAAGGAGGGGCACAUCAAGGUUCCUUGUGCCAGGUUGGUUUCCAGGGGCAUUGAACCAACAGCUGAAUGCGGGCAUUGCCAGCUUCAUACCGGAAUUGCGUGGCCGAGUCCCGAACCUCGGAAUCGGCGGGGACAUGGCUCGCCUCCAUGGACCCAUGCACUCGCCAAAGAACGUCCAGACCUUGUGCUAACGACCACCCGAAUCGGCCACGCUGGUGCUUCCAGCGAGUGGCCCUCCCGAGCGGCACAGGGGCAGCUGCUCUUCAUCAGCGCUCAGGGCUCAGCACAACGGGCGGACACGCCCUCAUGCCCUGAUACGACGGCCUCUAUCAAAGUAUGGCUGCCAGUUCCAGAGACGGCCAUUGAGGCCUUUUUGCGGUCGCAUCCCGACCAAGACCAAUACGCCUUUUUCGACACACAUGACAACGUCAGAUGGCGAAGAAUUGAGGAGGCUUGGGGCAUCAGGGAGGUUGUCCAGGAUGCGAUCAGGCAUACCCUCGUCCAACCUGUUACUGAGGUUUCUAUUCUUCAAAGACCACUGCCUGACUUGCCCGUUGUGCAGCUUGUGUUACACAGUGCAAACCUGCCGCUUGGCUGGCGCACUGUCCCGGUUGACCUGAGACCUGCGGGUUUCGACCUGUGCACCCUCGGCAUGCAAGAUGAUGUGUCGGCCUUUGAGGCCGCUUUGCGUGCCGCACAGUUUUGUAGGACACCACAUGCACUGUCACACGAUGUCGCAAGGCUCAGGUGGAAUUUUGCGCCGCCGGGGGUUGACGUGACUGACCCUUUCCGCCCCGGAAUCCUCAUGCUUGAGCCAGCAAUCCUAUGUGUACGUGCCCCCUUCGGUGAGCUUUCCGCGCCUUCGGAACAGCAGACACCACAAACAUCCCUGAAUACCUACAGCUCUUCAGGUACUUCAAGUGAGGCUGCAACGCUUGAUUGCGCUUUUGAGUGUGUGACAAGGGACAGGGAUGAGAACGAACAAGAAAUGACUGUCGCCUUCCACUCUGCAGGACAACACCCCUGGAUUGUCACUGUUUCGAAGCUUCUCACGCCAGAAGAGCUUGCGGCGCUUGUGGCACGGCGCAUGGCGGACCGGACAGGCAUAAAAGGGUGGCGCACACACUGUCUCUGGCGCCAGCCGGUUGUCAGAGAUGUGGAUUCGCAUUGCAUCGUGUCUCCGAGUGAGGCGCGGGGUGCCGCAGGACCGCAAGGUUUCCUAGCAGAUUUUCGCAGGAUCUUUGGCCCUGACAUCCGCAACAUCGCCGUUCUGCACACACUUCUGAACACUCCGCAAUCAGCGGACGCGAUGUGCGAGAAAGCGCGGCAAAAAUUAAGUGAAUGGGGGCUCGCGCAACCACCCACUGAAUUUUGCAUAACCACUGCCAGGAAUGGAGCUUUGCUUGUGCCAGAGGCUGAAGAGGUUUGCCUUGUUACUGACACAGUUGCCACGGCUGUGAAUUUCCCCGGCCUGCUGCAAUCCAUGCUUCGAACCACAGCAGCGGCACAGCCCAGGGUUGGCGGCUUUGUCACGCAGGACAGCCCUAUCAUGUCUCAUUGCCCAGUACCUACGACAACUUCUACUACCACCGAGGUGCUGGAGGAGUUGCCACACGUUGUUGAGCAGUUGCCACCACGAACGCACUUGCUUGUUAGGCUUGGGGUGGUAGGGCGUGGGGUUUUUACGGCUGAGUUCGAAGGGAAUCCACCAGCUGAGGUGAUCUUAGCACGUGUCUGGGCUAUCGCCUUGGGCCAGGAAGCAACGCAAGGCUUGAGUGCAGUGAGGAUGACACCCUGCCAACCACCAAACCGGGUCUCGCAUCGAGAAAUCUUGCUCUUUGCAGCGGAGGCACCGGGGCUCGCUAGACCGCCUCAGUCGAUCUCCGUUUGGGUUGAUUUCCGACCCCAAGGAAUGCUUUCCUUUGUGAACCUCCCAGUGGACCAGAGUCCUGAUACACUGCUCUCUGCUUACCCCGGGGCAAAGGGGCUCUAUGUUAAUGGUCGCAAAUGGGAACAGGGCACCAGGCUUGAGCAUGGGGACUACCUGGGGGUUUCGUUGGUGCCACAAGCGCCAGACAUCAGGCCUAAUGACUACUUCGUUCAGAGGUUGGCGGGCCUUGGCGCUUUGUUGCUACCCCUGCCAGUCCCCACAGCAGCAUUCUUUGAGACUACCACGAGCCUGGAGCUUGACGCACAGAUCGCUCAGCAUGCCUGGCAUGACGCAGUCAACACUAGACUUGAGCAGCUCGGCCUCAGUCGUCCCGAUGGCUCCUUCCACUUCGUUGUUGUGGGUCCUGGCGUCAGUGCUGUCGGUGCUAUUCGGCGCGAGCAAUGGGACCUGCAAGCCGUAGCGGAUUGGACCAGCCGGUUUGUUCUGUCCACCCUGGGACGCUUUGGACAGGGGAGUCGGUUUAGUCUCUUCGAUACAGAGGGCACUGUUGCUGCACGGCGGUUGCUUGUGAUAGUUCCCCUUGCGCUUGAUCCCUUGAGGGAGUAUGUGCGUGUGCAUCUUUCGGAGGAAUCCGUUGUUGCCUUUCAACUCCCACACUCUGAGCUUCCGUCUGUUACGGCAUGCCUGGCACCAAUCGAUGACCCGUCGGCCAGACCAGUCCCGGGCCGGGCGUGGUACGGACCAAUCUUCCCUUCAACAGAGUUACACCCCUUUGUUAACUUUGGGGGGCCGAGGGUUCGAUGGCGCAGAUGGCAGGCAGCUGAUGGGGCCCAAGAGGCCAGACAACGUGAAAGUCUGCACCGGCUUAGCCACGAACAUGCGGGCGCAGCAGGACAUGAGAGACCCAGACCUGGUCUGUUCUACUUUGAUAGUGCCGAGCAGGAAGUGCCUGGUGGCACUACAACAGCUACUACCUUGAGGCCAACCACCAGCACAACGACCAACAUGCUUGCCCCAGGCCAACCUGUUGUCUUUCUUGUCACGGGGAGUGCAAUCGCAGGUCAACAGCUUGUGGGCACAGACGUGGACAGUGUGAUUGAUGCGCUUGGAGACCUUGUCGCAGCGCACAUCACACAACAGCGGGCACCGUGGCAAGGACAGAUUAGGCUAGCCCAAGCACAUCCAGGACGCAACCAUGACUUCCGGGAAAUCAUUUUUGUAUGGUUUCCCAUGGAUUUACAUGUUCACGUCAUUGUUGAUGCGCGGCCUGUUGGGGGGGGCUUGGGGCAUGCGUCCGUGGAUACGGAUGUCGAUGUAGCAGCCCUGCUGCCCGACCGCCUAAGGACAGCAGGGACUGUGGCAUACAUAAACGGUGUACCCUCACACCUCUUUGCGGAUUAUUUGCAGGACGGUGACUAUGUGCACUUUGCAGAUGAUCGACCGAUCAUCCCUGCAUAUCCAAGGGCGGCUCUCUUCCGGAGAUGGCCCGGACUUUCUGUCUUUGCCUUGGAUGUCCCCACGGUUGAAAUGUUUCCACUGCCGGUCGAACAGGAGGCGGCGCUUGAGCAUAUCAUGGGCUUUUUGCGCGAUGCAUGCGAUGCGCGCCAAACGCUUUUGGGACAUCAUCUUCCUUUUGCGCAGCCUGCACUUGUCAUGAGCCGCAUACGGGGGGAGUUGCUGAUUUAUGUGCCAUGUAGAAUCCCUGCUACAAGCGGACAAGUUGCAGAGGCGCUAGCAUUGCUACCUGAAUGGCAGGAUGCCAGCCGCAUCCAAGACACCGGCAUGUUGUCCGGGGACGCGCCAAUCUUCUUGGCGAGAGAUGUGUAUGAGUCGAGACAAACAUGGCACAUCAUACCGGUGCCUUACAUGCUGCGGCUGUUCACCCUCUGGCCUGUCAAUGAGGAGGUACUACGCCAAACGGAGGACUUGCCAGCUCCUCCACACCUCCGCGUUAGCAGACAGCCUACUCCCUCGCAUGGGCAUGUGCAUUUCUUUCAUCACAGGACCACUGAGGGGCUCAGCAUGCUUCAACUCCAUGCCAGGAUCACAAGCAUUUCAAGCGAGCCUGGUACUGCAGGUGCAGGUGUGACAUAUGCCGGCCAUCAGGCGCCCGCGCAAGCGGUUUGUGAGCAACGCCUAACGGCCAAACAAAACGCCCUGGCAAUGGGAGUGUCGUCUGGAUGCAGAGCAGAUCACUUCGGGGCCUCGCGACCUGAAGAAUUACAGCUCAAGCCCGAUGACCUUGAUCUCGUUGUUGAUAGGGUAUACCUAGCGGCCGCGAGAACCAUGGCAGGCCCAGCGGGGCCGGAGGAUGAACGCUAUACAGUGUUCGACACGGCAGCCCAGAUUCAGAUCCGUACCUAUCGGAGAGACCAAAGAAUCGAAUGGCUGCUGGCGGACAUUUUGCGGCACGCACCACGCACUGUUAGGGUGAUCCAGCGGCUCACAGUGCCAGUCUACGGCUAUCCAGAGCCCCAAUUCGUCCUGACGGCAGUAGCGGCGCCCACUGGUUGGCAAGCAGUGCCGGUGGAUUGUCGAUCCUUAGGACUAGGGGUCUGCACGGUUGAACUCCAGCCGCUCACUGGUUGGCGGGAGAUAGGCCUUAGCCUUAGAGUCACUAGACCGGAUCUGCCUAGCUGUCAACAGACAGGAGAGGCCUUCUUGGAAGCCUUGGCUGAUGCAAGGCUUAUUCUGCGUGACGCAUACCGGCCACAGACCGACCCAAUUCGGGCACAGCUUGAUCAGCUGCAAUGGCUUUUUGUGGCAGAACGUCCACCUGUGCCCCCCGUUCCAAGUGCAAGUGACUCGGAUGACCGCACAGUCGAGCAGCGCAAAGAACAACAGGGUCACAGCUCUUUGCUGCAGCCAGGGAAUCCAGUCCAAGGUGGGGUUGUAGCUGCUGCUUGCGACCUGAUUGCACCGGCACCCCGGAUUUCGCCGAGCGGGCAAACACUCCCCAUCCCCACACCGCUUGGCCGCCGCUGCAUAGAUGCCACACAUGGCAUCAGGCCUUCCAAAACAGUGGACUCCGAGCCACGGAAAAUUUUACAUCUGGCUACACUGCUACCGGAGCCGGAACCCGGUUGGCUUCAUGGGGUCAAUUCAGAUAUGCUCGAACAUGCUCUCGAGGCACACUCGCUCUCGAGGUUGCACACCCAUUUCUGGGAUGUCACAGGGAUCACAUUGCCCGUCCUUGCUCUGUGGUCCUCCCUGCCGGCUUGGGAUGAGCACAGCCCGGUCUCCGCCUUAUACAUCUUCACUGAUGGGUCAUACUGCCCGAACACUGAAACGGCAGCAUGGGCAGUUGUCGUCGUUGCAUUGCAGCAAACGCACAUUGUCAAAGCAGCGACUGUGCCUCAGCCUUGGCAGCAACCCACGCCUUUUGUGCUCUGCCGGCUGAAGACCCGGUUGUUCGAGGGGCUGCUGGACUCGCUUUCGCGUCGGCUGCGCACGGACAACGCAGGUUGCCUCUUCAACGAGACGGCCGACAACAUUGCCAAGGCGAUCGCUCGCCAUCAGACGGAAUUCGCCCUGGCACCAGCUUCUGAUGCGCUGUAUUUUGCAGCACGAGAGGGCCUGUUGGAGAGAGUGUGGUUGCUUGGGCAGGAUCCGACAUUGCAGAAGCAGCUCCCUUUCUGCAACUCAGCCGGCGAAUGGUUGCGUGCCUCCACGGAAAGACCUGCCACUACGCAGCCGACAGAAUUUGCCACAUUUGGAACAGGCGAAGCCAAUACAACUGUGGCAGUCAAGCUCCCAAUGCGAAUCCUGCAAUACAAUUGCCUGUCCAGCAAAGGAGAUCUUGCCCGAGAGCUCCUGCGACGGGGGUUGGAGCGACAUAAGGUCACUGUUGCGGGCAUUCAGGAGACACGGACUCCUGCUUCAGGGAUCGCACGGAUAGGGAGUUUUUGGGUCCUUCAGGCGCCUUGUGACAGUAAAGGGGUCGGUGGAUGCCAGUUGUGGUUGACCGCUGAUAGAAUAGAGGGAGGAACCGCCUCAUGGAAUAGAGAAUCCUUCUCUAUAGUCGCCGCAGAACCACAGAUCCUCGUUUGCACUGCCCAGUUGGGAACCCUGCAUUUCGUCCUUGUAUCUGCGCACGCGCCGAUUGCCUCGGCUACCGAGGAAACGAGAGGAAGUUUCUGGAAGGGCCUAUCGGCGCGGCUGAACAGCUUGCCUGCACACUUCAUUCCCCUGAUCUGCAUUGAUGCCAAUGCCAGAUUUGAGGCAGACCGGGAGACGCCCCUCGCGAGGGACGCGGUCCCAGCUAACAGCAACGCCACCGCACUUGCAGCCUUUUGUGACAGGCACGGCCUUGCUACUACUGCACAGUUUGGCACAGAUGGCACGCGAUUAUUUUCCUGGCGCAGCCCUAACGGAGCAUUGUCACUUAUCGACUAUGUGGCAGUACCAGCAGAGUGGGAGGGCAGGCUGAGCACUAGCACGGUUACCACUCUUAAUGACUUGCAUGCUGGGAAAGACCACUACCCCAUCCUAACAACAUGCACUGUGCACCUUGAUGUUGCUCAGGAAAAGAUGCGAUACCGCAUUCGACAGCAGCAGCUUGACACGGAGGAAGGCCGCCAGGCCGUCCAGGCGGCGUUCCGCACAAUACCGGCGGUACCGUGGCACAUUGACCCCACGUCACAUGUGGCAAUUGUGCAAAGGCAUCUGCGCACGUUCCUCGAGCAACACUUGCCAGUCGCCCGCAAGGGGCCACGACACCCUGCCUUUUCAGAGAUGACUUUCACCCUUGUACAGCAGGCUAGACAUUGCCGAUGUGUCGUGAGAACUUUGAAGGGGCGCGUGCGAAGGGCCACACUGAAGGCCAUCUUUGAUGCAAUGCGGUGCCGAACCGCGCAAGGGCAUGGGCAACCGGAAGGCACACGGAGGCCAUUUCUGCCACAUGCGUUCAGAGCGUUGAGACGCAGCCUACUUCAAUGGCAAGGAAAGCAGCAUGCCCACGAAUGGAGCCUCAACUUGAAUGCGCAAUUUGACAAGGCGGAGUUCCUAAGGGCAGAGAUGCAGUCCGCACGGGACACCGGAACAGCCGCAUUUGCGCACCGGAUCCGCAGCAUAUUGAGAACGGGCCGCAAAUUCAAGGUCCCGCCACUUUUGCCUGCUCUUGUCACUGAACAGGGCACCUGCCGCAGUCCUCAGGCUGUAAGGCUUGCCCUUGGCAACUUCUAUGCCCAGGCUGAACGGGCGCAGCGCGUAGAACCGCAGGAGUUCAUGCUCCAUGGUGGUAGCGGGCGAACUUGCGCUACUGAUGCAGUUGACAGCCAGGAAGUGCCCACAAUAGUCGAUCUCGCAUCGGCCUAUAGCCAGAUGGCUGCCGGGAAGGCGCCCGGACUUUCCGGAAUACCUGCGGACGUGUACCGGCUAGCUCCGCAGGCUGCUGCGAUGGCCACCUGGCCUAUCCUGGCAAAGGCGCUGGCCCGGGGUAGCCACCCGCUGCAGUGGAAGGGUGGGCUUGCCCAUAGUAUUCCAAAGGGGAGCAAAGACCCAACGUGCUGUGCCUCAUGGCGCUCCAUCAUGCUCCUUGAAGCCGAAGCAAAGGCUGUGCAGCGGGCCUUCCGGCCCAAGCUGCUCCGAGUCUUCUGUGGAAGUAAACCCUUCGAUCAAUUUGGGGGUGUGCCGGGGUGUCCGUUGACUCUGCCAGCUUUCUUGGCACGAUCGCACCUUGCGGCACUCAAAGCUCGGGGGCAGUGCGGGGGUAUUUUGUUCUUGGACUGUACUGCAGCCUACUACUCCGUCAUUCGUGAAGUUCUUGCAGCUCCAGCCGAUAAGUUCCCAAAACCGGGCUGGGUUAAAGAACGGGCGGAGCAGCUCUUUGCGGAUCAGAUAGAAAAAGAAGCCUUUGCCGAACGUCUGCGAAACGGGCCUAUCCUUGGGCAACGGCAUGUCCCGGCGGAACUGCGCCGCUAUGUCGAAGGGCUCUUUGAACAGUCCUGGUUCACCACUGAUAGGGAGGGGGCCGCCCUUUGGCAAACGCACAGUGGGACCAGCCCUGGAUCGCCGAUCGCCGACACGCUCUUCGGGAUACUCUUCUCCCCUUUCCUCCAGAGCUUGCAAAGAGCCCUUGCGGAGGCAGGACUCGCGGCUUUCGUGUGCCGCAGCGAGCGUGCGGACGUCAGAAGUUGUGAACAAGGAUUGCCCAGCAGCCCCACGUGGGCUGAUGAUGUUGCGAUCUUGUUUAGCGCCAGCGAGCCGGAAGCCACGCCACGGGCGCUUGCUGAAGUGGCACGGCUAGCAGAAGAACUGGUGCAGGGCAUCGGGCUGCGCUUCAACUAUGGCCCUGGCAAGACGGAGGCGAUACUGGCGAUGCGAGGCAAGCAUUCCCUUGCUGCACGCAGAGCUCUGCUCAGCCAAGACAACCCGCAUGUGCAGGUUAGGACCACCUAUGGCCACACCUUCCAGGUCAGGGUUGUCGAAUCCUAUGUGCACUUGGGUUCGGUGCUGCAAGCCGACUGUCAUGAGUUCCCCAAUCUCCGCCACCGCAAUGCUCUCAUGCAGGAGGCUUGGCAGCCCCUGAGACGAAAGGUACUCAACAACCCCUUCGUGACAAGGGUCGAAAAGAAGCGGUUGGUCUCGGAAAGAGUUUUCUCAAAGUACCUUUUCGGGGCAGGCCUCUGGCGGCUAGAGACGGAACACGAGAAGCAGGCUGCCCUCGAGCCUCUUUCGCAGGUCCUGAGAGGAGCCCUCCGGCCGAUCUUAGGCAUCUCCAUGCGGGGAUAUAAUGCCGAACAGGCGGCCGCCAUGCUCGAGCUUCCAACGCCACAAGAGCAGCUCCUUGUGGAGCAGGCUCGCAGCCUUAUGGAGGCUUCUGUCAUUACCGCCGAAGCAGUUUGGCAGGCGGUGUCGGCAGAUAGUGUCUGGCUGGAACAGGCGCGCUGUGCGCUUGCACAGACAGUCAAGACAGGCCCGGGGACGCCUUUCGAAGCAGGCUUCUUCGCCGACACCGACCUGGGUGGCCUCCUGCAAGCGCUGCGCUGCCAGCGCAAGCACGUCGGCAAUCAGGUGCGGCGAUUCAUGCGUGCACAGGUCGCCGCGCGCGCUGAGCGAGGGCGACUGAUGGUCCAGGCACACUCCUCCGAGGUGCAGUAUGUGCCGCGUCCGCGGGUCCCCGCAACCCCGUGCGCAGAUGAGGGUUGGAUGUGCGCUCAGUGUGGCAUUGUCUGUGAUACGCCCCGGCUCUUGGCGUUGCACCGCUGGCACCGCCACAAGGCCAGGUCAGAGGCAUCUGUUGUGGCCCACGGAACACGAUGCGAAGUGUGUGGGGUGGAGUUUUGGGAACAGUUCCGUCUCCGCGAGCAUCUCAGGCAACAGGUGCGCUGCAGACAGGUCUACGUGCAUGGGGAUCAGGCAGCGGCGCGGAACGGAGUUCCGUCGCGACACCAGCAUGGCUGGUACUUGGCUGGUGGUCAUGUGACGCCCUUUGUGGGUAAAGGAAACCCGAACUUUCAAAAGGGCGUGAAAGGUCUGAAAGAGUAUUUUGUUGAGUCCAUCCAGGGUGCUUUCCGGCAAACUGGUGCAAAGCCUGAGGCGAUCGACCGAGUGUAUGUUGGAAAUUUUGCAGGUGAGCUCUUCAACAGUCAGGGCCACCUGGGAGCGGCCGUCGCAGCUGCGCACCCGGCGCUGCUGCACCGGCCCUCCAUGCGCGUAGAGGCUGCCUGUGCCUCCGGAGGCCUCGCCUGUGCAGAAGCGGUGCGCGCAGUCUGCGCGGGGGACGACGUCGUCUUGGCCGUGGGGGUGGAGGUUCAGACAGAGGCCGACUCCCGGACUGGGGGAACCUACCUGGCCAGGGCUGCUGACUUCAAGCGCCAGUCAGGUAUAGACGACUUCACCUUCCCUGCACUCUUUGCCCGAAGGGCCAAGGCUUACUUGGAGAAGUAUCCUGACGUCAAGAUGGCCGACUUGGCCGCCGUGGGCGUGAAGGCCUACUCCAAUGGAAACAAGAAUCCUUUGGCGCACAUGCACACGGUGCAGCUGCCCAUGGAGAAAGCGGUGGCGGGCCCCGAGUUCCUCAAAAAUGAAGACCUCAAGCCUUUUGUGCGGGCGACGCACUGCUCGCAAGUCUCCGAUGGAGGUGCCGCUGCGAUCUUCGUUUCAGAGGAGGGUCUGCAGAAGUGCGGCCUCAGCAAGCACCAGGCCGUAGAGAUUGUGGCGACAGAUUACGGAGCAGGGGAUCUGUGGUCCGACCCUGCUGACUUAGCCGUCAUGGACACCACAAAAGCUGUGGUCUCACGUAUGCUGGCGGCCGCCGGCGUGAAGCCCUCGGAUGUGGACGUGGCAGAAGUCCACGACUGCUUCGCCAUUGCUGAGAUCCUCAUGUACGAGGCAAUCGGCUUGGCGGAGCCUGGGAAAGGCACAGAGCUAGUGAAGUCUGGCGCCACGUGCCUGGAUGGCAAGAUCCCAGUGAACACAGGUGGCGGUCUGAUCUCCUUCGGCCACCCGGUGGGUGCCACCGGUGUCAAGCAGGUCCUCGAAAUCUACCGACAGAUGAAGGGCCUGUGCGGCGACUACCAGAAGGAGUGGGCAACAGCAACCAUGUGGGCAUUUCCAAAAUAG